AUGUUCUUGUACGGUACGUUUCCCGAAUGGAGGUGGAAGAAAAAGGCGAGCGACAAAAUCUCAUCAAUGGGUCACAGAGUCUACUAUUUGAACGUCACUGGUCAAAAUAUCAUGGUAGACUUGUUUUACUUAAUGCGUGAUAUAGAGAUCGCCGAGUCCUCUGAGCGGAAGAAGAAUCUAACAAGAGGGGCGAAAAUACAUGCGCCCCGGUUUGGACUGGAUCUUCCUGCGAUGGCUACUUGGUGCAUUCCACUUGGAACACUCAAUUAUGCGACAAAUGAGAAGAGUGCUGGUGCUCCUGAGGGUGGACAUGAUGAUUUCGCCCUUAGGGGAGGACGAUCAUUCAAGCCGAGAAGCAAAACGAGGUUGAUGUCAUUGGCUGCUUGA